CAGUCGGUUCAUACUUGUCCUCUAAUGUUUUGAUUAAUGACUGUUGCCUAUUUACAAAUUUAACUUAAAAAACAAAAACGUGUCUGUUUUUAUGUAAUUAUAUAAAUCAAAUGCACGUUUUGAGCUAGGUUUUGUCAACGUUACGUCUGAAUUUUCAAAAGGAAUAAAGUAGUGUUGUUUUUAUGUCCGCGACGGCCCCGCUAUUCCUAGAGGUUAUAUCUUUUUUCAAGCAAAACCUUCAACAUGUUGGUAUUUCUUUGUAAAGUGCUCCACGGUUUUUGCACUUAAAAUCGACAUUUCCGUUAGCAAGAGAGUGUCACGAUAUAAUGUGGAGAACAAAAUAGCCAAGUUUAUUCGAAUAGGCUCUAGGAUAAACUCUGCUGAUUAACAGAGUGGAAGACAAUUACCUGAGAGGAUGUCCACUCACAAGUCGAGUGGACAGACGGAAAGAAAAAAAGUACAGGUAUCGUUUGUAAUUAGAGAUGAAGUUGAAAAACAACACAGGGCAGGAAUCAAUUCAUUGCAGUAUGACCCACACGUUCAAAAGCUUUACUCAGCAGGUCGAGACAGUAUUAUCAGGACAUGGAACACAAAGUCAUGCAGAGAACAGUAUAUACAAUCAAUGGAGCAUCACACGGAUUGGGUUAAUGAUAUUGUACUCUGUUGUGGUGGUCGAAAUUUAAUUUCAGCAAGCUCAGACACAACGGUGAAAGUGUGGAAUGCUCACAAAGGGUUCUGCAUGUCAACAUUACGAACUCAUAAAGACUAUGUCAGGGCCUUGGCAUAUGCAAAAGAUAUUGAGCAGGUUGCCUCUGCAGGCUUGGAUAGAUCAAUUUUUCUCUGGGAUGUAAAUACGUUAACUACACUCACAGCUAGUAACAAUACUGUUACAACCUCUUCUAUCUCGGGGAGUAAAAAUUCAAUUUAUAGUCUUGCCAUGAACCCUUCUGGUAGUGUUAUCAUUAGUGGUAGCACAGAGAAAGUGUUAAGAGUAUGGGAUCCUCGUUCCUGUACCAAGCAAAUGAAACUUAUAGGUCAUGCUGAUAACGUCAAAGCUUUAGUGAUAAAUAGAGAUGGAACACAGUGUCUUUCUGGUAGUUCUGAUGGUACAAUAAAAUUAUGGUCUCUGGGUCAACAACAAUGUAUUCAAACUAUAAGAAUGCAUAUCGAAGGAGUUUGGGCUCUUCUUGCUUCAGAAAAUUUUACACAAGUAGCUUCUGGUGGUCGAGACAAAAGAAUUUAUUUAACUGACUUAAGAACAUUCCGGUCAACUUUGUUGUGUGAAGAAUAUGCUCCCAUACUUAAAAUGGCUUCUACAGCGGAUUUCUCAGGUCUCUGGGCUGCUACAAGUUCAUCAUCAAUUAAUUAUUGGCCUAUACCUAAGAGAGAUUCAGUUAUUGUAGAUGUAAGUCUUGAUGAUGAUAAUGACAUCGGGCGACCUAUAUGUACCCGACCUGAGCAAACGAUUAAAGGUGGCCCUGCACUUAAAAAAUUCCAUAUUCUAAAUGACAAACGUCAUGUUUUGACACAAGACACUGAAAACAACGUAUCUGUUUUUGAUAUUUUAAAGGCCAGAAAAGUAGAAGAUUUAGGAAAAGUCAAUUUCGAAGAAGCAAUCAAAGAAAGGUUUAAAAUGGUGUAUGUUCCUAGUUGGUUUAAUGUCGACCUUAAAACUGGGAUGCUGACCAUUCAUCUUGGACAAGAUGAGACAGACUGUUUUUCUGCCUGGGUUUCUGCAAAGGAUGCGGGUUUGGUUCAAAGUGAGAUCAAUGAUCAAAAAGUGAACUAUGGAAGCCUCUUGCUGGAAGCUCUUCUAGAACACUGGUGGACAGCCAAAAUUGCUGAAGAUGAUGAUAAGAAAAAAAAUCAUGAUGACCUUAACUUAAAGGAUUGUGUCAAUAAUAGCAAUAUCAUGAGUAAAGAUUUCUUUAAAGUCCCUCCUCAUACCCCACUAAUUUUUAGCGAAGUCGGAGGGAGGACUCUUUAUAGACUGCUAGUUCAAGAUACAGGAGGUGAAACAGAAAUGUCUAUUUUGCAUGAAACUCUCCCUAAAUGGGUUGAAAAUAUUGUUGUUAAGCGAGACAUGCCCAAGUUCAACAAAAUUCCAUUUUAUCUUGUGCUCUAUGCUAAUACUGUGAAAAACAUGAAAAGGGAGAAAUUAUCAGCUAAUGACUUUAUUCAGAUGCAUAAAGUUGCUGAGCAUGUUUACAAAACAGUUCUUGGAUCAGAUACAGGAUCCAUGGCUGGUGCUGGAUCCCCAGCCGACAGGUGUGAAGAUACUGACAGUGCAUCAUUAGCGGAGGACAAAGUUGAACUUCUUUGCAAUGAUCAGAUUCUAGAUCCAAACUUGGACUUAAGAACAGUGCGACAUUUCAUCUGGAAGUCUUCAGCUGAUCUUGUUUUGCAUUACCGACCUAUUAAGGGUAACUCGAGACCAUGAUUGCAAGAGAACCGCUUAAUGCUUGCAAAGACUUUUCAAAGAAACCAUACUUCAUUUGUAAUUUAAUUUAUUGUUGUUUUUUUAUUUCUAUUUUUUUAAGAUUAUCUUGAUGUAAAAUGAAUUACGACAUGUACAGAAUUUUGUAUUAAGACUUAAUAAUAUAAUAUAAAUUGAAGAAACUGAAAAUAGUUUCAUCAAAAAAACUUAUGUACAGACAAAUUGUAAAAAUUGGGAUUAAAAAAUCAAAAACUAUAUUUUUAAUUAUUUUUAUUUUAUAAAUUAAAGGAUCUCAGAGUCAAUUUUUAAAGCGUAAGUUGAUUUCUUAUUUCAAAUAUAAUUUCUCUUAAACUGGGUGCUUACUAAUAAAAAAAAA